AUGGCCCCCGGCAUCGUCGAACCUCUUGUCCCAACGGUGGAGUCAGAGGCCGUCCCCGUGAAGGCUUCAUCUCACUCGCUUUUCCACCAUACGCUCAUCACGACCGACCCGGAUGCAUUCAAAUUCCACGCCUCCGCUUCGCUGCAAUUGCGAUUCGGACCUCCCACGACGGCCUUGUCGGAUGAUCGACUCAUCGUAUCACCGUACAACGACCCAGCGCACCUGCUGGACCUGCGCCGACUCGAUCACCCCAACCAGUUACUCGCCAAGGCGUUGACCAUCCUCCAGCCCAUCCGGCCAGACUAUGCAACAGCCCCCUACACGGAGUCAUUCAAUUGGACGGCCGUGUUCGACUUUCUGCGCUCAUUGUCUCAGGCCGGGGGGUAUCACUGGACUUCGCAAGAUUUCUAUGUAGUGGUGUUUCGAUCGGUCCUGCGUGCGGACGCUGACCCGGAGCGGUUGCACGCGCUGGAUGCCCAUUCACAUCAAGAGGCGACGGCCAGCGGGGGAUUACUGAAGUACUGGUUUGGGACGAAGGAUGAAGAGAGACGGAACCUGGCUACUUGCAUCUGGCGUAGUCGGGAGGAUGCGCGCCUGGGAGGAACGGGCCCGUGGCAUAAGCGAGCACGUGGAGCAGCGCGCGAAUUGUAUGAGCGGAUUGAAUUUACCACGCUGCGACUGGUGGUGGGAGAGGGAGUUGGGACGUGGUCGAUUGCCGAGUGGGAGGAGGCGUAA